CAGUGUCUCUUAGCUAUGGAUUUUUUUAUACUGUCCUGAUUUUGUUUCGUUAAUGGCAUACCAGUGUGUAUACGUCAAUUUGUCACCAGUCCUAUGACAGUGCCAGUUGGAGUGGGGACAGAGUCAACGGAAUCCUGUUGGUGGGAUCUCGGCCAGCAGCCAAGUGUUACAUGUCUUGAUUAGUCUUAGUGUGUCGUGCAUGUUGUAAGAAUUAAUUACCGACACAUCGGACCACAAAGGGAAUUUUAAUUAGGGGUAAAUGAUUAGCAUAACCGUACGGAAUGAAGUGCCAUCUGCCUGUGAUUGAGACGUGACUAGGUAUUGAUUGAUAACAGUUUGAAUUGCUUCAGUGUUUGUGUGUUAGAAGAGGUGACGUUGCUGCCAUAUUGUCCUGUGCUGCAUCCUGUCUCUACUUAGCUUGUCUUAUAUCAAACUGAUCAGCCACAUAGCAGGCAUGGGACCCAGGACGACACACAACCGCCCCUAACGCCAGCCACCACAUCAUCCUCCUCAUCACUGUUGCUCUUUUCGAUUGAUUCGUUGUCACACAUGAAUGAUUCUUUCGCCGAGUUCACCGGUCCAUGAAUGGGGGACAUGGGCCAGAAGAGAUAGAGAGAGUACGGGAUCCCCCCUGUCAUGAACUUGGAGCCAAUCCAGAGGAGUCAGUCCUUCAGAUCCACACCGCCACUCAAGGAACAUCACCGCCAUCACAGUUCCGUCCUCCACCGACCCUCGGGACCCCAGCGACCCUCACCACCCCCACCGCUGCCACCCGAACAGCGGGUGUCCCCCGAAGUCAACCUCUGACCUCUCCACCCUGGGGACAGUCACUUGGAAUGGUGAUUCCAAUCAAGGCAUGAAACCACUGGAGGCCAUACGCUGUACCCUACCUAACUGCCCCUGUGAAUGUUUUUCACCUGGCAAGGUACACAUACGAGCAUGUGAUUCCUGCAAGCAUGGCUGGGUCGCUCAUGCACUAGACAAGCUGGGUUACAGGCAUAUAUUCAAUCUCGGAAUGCAGGUGGAAGUGGUCCAACCAAAUAUUGUCUUUGACAUCGCCUCUCUGAUGUUAUAUGGGGCCCAGGCAACACCCAUACGCCUCAAGAUCCUCCUUGAUCGCCUCUUUAGUGUACUGCAACACGACGAGGUCUUGCAGGUCCUACAGGGCUUUGGUUGGAACUAUGAGGACUAUGCUCGGGGCUACAUACUUCAGGAUUCCUCGGGACAUGUACUCGACAAAUGGACAGUGGCUACAAGGGAGGAGGAGCAUAUCAUCCUUCAACAGUUCCUGCGGUUUGGAGAAACUAAGUCCAUUGCCCAGGAAAUCAUUUUACAAGAUACCAAAGAUCAGCAAGAUCUCUUUAUCAAGCAGUCCUCACGAGCGGACUCUGAAAUAAAGAAAUUCAUCGAACGAAGCAACCACUCUAUGCAUAGUUACAUGCGUAGUCUUGAAUCAAGGCACCUCUUUGCCAAUAGACUUCCAUUUGUGCCCGUUGGCAGUCGACUGAUGACUCCACCAGUUCUGCCAAAUUUCUCACCGCCCUCAUCACGCGACCUUCGACCUCCAACUGUAACAGCUUCCUCUAGCCCAGUAACCACUUCUCCACUUGGUAGACUUCAGACAAUGCAGCCGUUUGACUACAGGAGGGAGCAAGGCAGUCCAACUAUAAGUCCUAGCAUCCCAGAGAAACAUUUGCCUGGGUCAUCACCAAGUGAAAGUCCCAAAAACCUCAGCAUCACGCCUACAUCACACAGUUCUUCUACCCCACCAUUCACCCCAAUAAAAGCUCCCCCAGAGAGCAGAGAACAUACACCAAUUACCAUAGCAACUCCGCUGGCUACCCCUAUGACGCUUCCCGUAUUACCUCCACAGGAUGACAACUGUAAUAAUGCCAUCGACUAUUCCACAAGCAGCAGCAGCAAGGAACAACAGGAACUCCAGGCCUCUGUCCUGUACAAUGAACGAAAAAUGAAACACUUGCGUAAAUCCAGCCAUCCAGUCAAACGUAGCUGGACCCCAUCAUCUGGUUUUGGAUGUACUUUCAUUGGGCCUAAUGGAAAGAAGCGUGUUUUGUGCACAGCUUGUAACAAGACAUUUUGUGAUAAAGGUGCUCUAAAGAUCCAUUACAGUGCCGUGCACUUAAAGGAGAUGCAUAAAUGUACUGUGGAUGGUUGCAAUAUGAUGUUCAGCUCUCGUCGCAGCAGGAACCGACACAGCGCCAACCCUAACCCCAAGUUACACAUGCCACAGAAGCGUAUCAAACUACCUGAUGGGGCUAGCAUCAUCGACGACGGCAGUAAUAAAUCCAACCGCAUGAUUGGAAGUCCAAUGGUGGGUAGUCCACCCACUAUGGUCAUGCAUCCGUCUCUUGGAUCCAAGUCUCAAUUAUCUCCCAUGGAUCUAGAUUCGUCCGAUCUGGCCCGCAGUAAUCACGCUUUUUAUGCAGAGUUGAAUGCACAUUUAGCUAUGUUCCCCACACCCGAGAAGAAACACAAGCUUGAUGAUGACUUAGACAGUCCUCGCGACCUGAGUAUGACUGACAGACGCGACAUCAAGAUGGAAUCAGAUUCAGAACUAGAUGACAUGGUGGACGAGGAUUCAGCCAUUGCUGAUUCUCCACAGCAGAAGACAUCUAGUCGACGGAAAACAAUGGUGCCGACGAGAUGUGCUCAGGAAGAGGACCACUUUGUUAUGAGUGAUGAUAAUUCUGACGAUCGAGACCCGGACAGUUGUAAGGAGGGGCUGAAGGAUCGGCACAGUAAACCAAGCUUUGCAAGAGGGGCAGAUAACUCUGGGUGUGAGGGGUCUGGGAAAUCACAACACAACGGUAUGCAGCAGUGCUCUGACAGUUCAGGGGAAGAUUGUCGUGAAGGAAACGGAGAUCACCAAGAGGGAUCUUUUUUAUCGAAUAGUUGUGGCAGGGACAACGAUUCCUGUCACCCAAGAAAAGACUUCCCAAAAAUCGCUUCACUUCUGUCUGGAAGCAACCAAGCUGUCGACUAUUCAACACGACGACAAGAUGACUUUGAUGACAAUGGAUCAAUUUGUUCAGUUAUCAGUCAUUUAUCAGACAUGGACUCAAACCAAUCAGUCUCAUCCAACGAAUCACAGAGCUUCCUCAGCAACGGGGCAGAAAAUCUGGACAUACCAAUAGACAAAGACAAUCCAAGAAAGUGUACUAUCUGUAACAAAAUCUUCCAGAACCAUUUUGGUGUAAAGUCACAUUUUCAAAACGUCCAUCUAAAACUGAUGCAUAAAUGUACCGUCGAAGGUUGUAGUGCUGCUUUCCCAUCAAAACGAAGCAGAAAUCGUCAUGCCUCAAAUCUAAAACUUCAUCACAAACUCCUGUCGACCUCCGAUACAGAUGACAGCAAUCAAGUAUACAUUGACGAGGGCGAUAUGGAAGAUGAGGAUGAUUUGGAUGAGGAAGAUGAUGAGGAGAUGGGCAUCAAGGAAAGAGAGGAAGAAGAAGCAACAGAAGAGGAAGAAGAUUGUAAUAAAAGACAAAUACAUACUGAGGAGUCGGGUACAGGCAGGGAAGACAAACGCGUCAAUGGCAUUCAUGGCGAUGACGAUGACGAAGACAACGAUACAGAUAUUGAGGAAGGUGAUAUCAAUGAAAAUGGAAAGGCAUAUUCUAAUGGGAUGGAAAACGGGAUAGAGUUGGAAGAAAUAUCCGUAGGGGAAAAUGGCGUGGCAGUCAACUGUCAUGUGUGUCAAUCCAAGUUCAGAGACAAUCUUGCCUUGAAGGAACACUUUGAAAUCAAUCAUCCCAAAGAGAUGUUUUACUGUACAGUCAAAGGGUGUGAAAAAAUUUUCUCAACCCGCAAAAGCAGAAAUCGGCACAGCCAAAAUGACAAUCUGCACAGGCAGCACGGGUCAGUGAAGAGAAAUGGCAUCUCCUGAUGUCUUGGUAGUAUUUUUGAUCACAGAGACAAUGGUCAUGGGUGCGAGCCAGGUGUUGGGCUUGAAUUGUCAAGGAGUUAUUAUACAUUAAUCACACAUAAUUUAUGAAUAUUGCAACGAGAUUACUUAUGCAAAGAGACCUUUUUUCAUACAUCUUUUCUUUUUGAGAGAUGAUAUGAGAUUGUUUUCACUUAAGCAAGCAAUAAGUGGAUAAUCACGGUUGAUUUUGGAUAUUGUUGAGGUAUGCAGACAGAACUUAUGCAGGGUUAAGCAGAGUACAAUUCAUUGAGACAUUAUUGUUCUGCCAAAGUGCUGAUUAAUUACAUAUAUGUGGACACAUCUUGGAAUUUCCCCAGUGCAAGGGGGACAACUAUGCAUCAUGUUUUAAUGUGGAAACAUCUUUGAUGUUUUCAUAGUGACUGAAAAUAGCAUUAUAUAUUCGUCUAACCCUAGAUCUCAUCAAGUCUGUAUGUGGUGUUUUGGAAGUAUCCUGUAGACUCCUACUGGAUGGUACACACUUUAAUGAUAACCUCACCUGUUUUACCUAGGUUCUUACCUGUAGGUUUUACCUAUUGGUUUCUGGGGGAAAAUAGCUGCCAAUGUUAACUUCCAAGUGAAAAGGUGAUAUAACUUAAACUCAAAUAAUAAGUUUCAAUUAAUUUCAAAUGUGUUAACUUUGGCAAGUUUUUGUUAAGCCUGCUGAGGAAAAUGUGACUUCUUCCUGAGAAAGAACAGAAAAAUCUAUUAUCUUAAGUUAAAUUUUUAUGACAAUUCUCUUUCUCUGCUGUUUAAUGAUAAUUAGUAUUAUUAGUAUUUUUGUGUUAACAGAAUUUAACAAGAGAGGUACAAGCAUUCACCCUAACAGUCUAUCAGUAUGAUGUAUACUGUAACCAUUAGAGGGUGAAUUAUAAUGAGUAAUCUAGUCCCAGAAAAGUCCCAUAACUUGUUACCAUGGUAACGGGAUGACCUGUCAUCAUCUUGUUACCAGUUACAUGUUUAGGUAACUACUCAUGUUGAUGGGUUAUCCACCUUUAUCUACCUGGUAAAAAUAAAUCUAGUCCCAUUUUGUACCUGUAGUUAUGGUUACUCUGGAAAUAUAGAAAAAUGGCCAAAUGUGAUAUGUUUAUAAUAUUUUAACUUAUUUUUAGCAUGUUAAAUAGUUUUAAAGUAAUGGUAAUGUGUUUUUUUUUCAAUGGUUGAUAUGUAUAAUUAUAAUAUACAUGGAGGACAUGUAGUGUGUCGCCGACAGGUAUUACCUGGAAUCUGUAAAUACUGUUGAUAUAUACCGUAUGUAGAUAUGUAGUAGCGUAUAGCUUCACAGUCUCGUUGUAGUCCUUAUUGUCUGGUGUUGUGAUCAAGUAUGUUUUCAGCAAAACUCAGGUAUGCAAAUAUUUUCAUAUUCUUAAUUUAUUUUAGCCGGAGUACAGCCAGUGCUAGUUAAAUGUAGUUGUAUGCUCCGACAGUCCCAAGUAGUUUUCUUCUCCUUGCAAUGAGAACAAGCUGAAAUAUUUAUAACUUUCUUCUGUUUGUUUUGAUUGAAAAUUUUUAUUUCAAAUCAAAUUGAUAUGAAAUUUCUGGAGUAAAUUUGCCCCCUGUGUCAUGAUUUUUAAUGUAUUUUAGGUAUGCUAUAAAAGAUGAUAAUGGCAUACAAAGGGAGGUAACCAUACCACAAGGAGGAGAUAACUCUGGGUCUUUCUGUCAGAGAGGCAUGAGAAUCUCAAGAUGUAGCUGUCGUCACGAUUUUUUUAUGCAAUACCUCACAAUUGUUUAUCCCUCCUCCAUAUUAUAUAUAUAACACAGUGUUCAUACUCAGUUGAGGAUAAAGUAUAUCUAAGUUAGCCAUCAUUGUUUCAUUGGUAUGUAUGUAUUGAAUGUUGUAUUUUUAGAUUAAUUUAUUUCCUGUAUUGGAGCUACUAGUUACGUUAGCAGAUUUCGGUACUUGCACUUUGAUCCUGUCGUGUAGAGGAUUGUGGGGCCAGCUUUGAUCAUAUAUACUGUAUACCAAUCUACUCAACUUCAGCCAAAUUCUACAAAAAACAAAUUCUACAAAAAACAAAUUCUAUUGUUGUAGGACACAAAAUAUUUCAGCAUUUUCUUCAUUUUUUAUAAGAAGUUACUUAACAUCAGAAAGAAAAAAAUAUAUACAAUUUUAUAUUAAGAUUACACAAUGUACUAUUAAGAUUGUACAAUGUUCUAUUAAGAUUGUACAAUGUACUAUUAAGAUUACAAUGUUCUAUUAAGAUUGUACAAUGUACUAUUAAGAUUACAAUUACUAUUAAGAUUGUACAAUGUUCUAUUAAGAUUGUACAAUGUUAUAUUAAGAUUGUACCUUGUUGCAUUAAGAUUAUACAAUAUUGAGAUCGUAAAACAUUGUAUUAAGAUUACACAUUUUUCUUAAGAAAAAAGUAUACACUUUUUAAUAAAGAUUAUACAUUAUUGUAUUAUGUAUGAAUUGCAUAGUUACCACAGAUUAUUGCUAAAAAAUAUCUCAGACAUAAAUCAUAAAAUCAUUGAUGCUUCCAGUCAAGAUACACCAAUGUUUAAAAUGUCAAAAAACAGUGAAAUACAAAACUCAUUAUACUGUAGAUUAUUUGCCAAAGUAGAAGGGGUAGAUUUAAGAUCUGUUCAUGUUGGAAUGAUUCUUUUGUUAGCAUUGUUUCAUGCAAGAUAUUAUGUCAUAGACGUUAACAUUUUAGUAUGUGUUACCAGUUUGUAAUUUAUCAAUCAUAUUGAACUAAGUCAUGCCAAAAAAGUACUUGUAUUCAACAAGAGUUUGAAUUCUUUCAGUAAUUUCCAAAAGUGUACUAUUGAGAUAAAUAAUCAACCAUGUAUAUACCUUUUGAAAUCCUCAUAUGAAGUUUCUUUUUUUACUUUAAUGUUCCAAAGUUAUUUGAGCAGCUCUCUACACAUGUAGUGGUCUGGUUAUUUGCCAAACAGGCUUAAUGUGCAAUCAAUUCAUUGGUGUUAAUGAAUGCAAUGAUUCUUGUAUAAAUUUUUAGAUGAUUUUUUAGUCACGUUAAUAUACUGUUAUUAAAGCCAGCUCUGUAUGGAUCGAGUCCACGGCAUUACACACUAGCGAUAUGCACAUUUUUACCAACGUUACAUUUUACUAUGCAGUUGUAGUUAGUGUAUUUGAUAUGCACAGUGUUUUUUAUAGUAUGCAAUCAGUUAUAUUAAUUAAUGUCAUGGUAAUUAUGCAAAUUUUUUAAACUGCACUCACCGAGUACUUAUGUUGAGUUUUUGUAUGAAUUUGUAGGUAUUAUUACAUAUGUAAUCAUUAUUGUUGAAAUUACAUAAAAUCUCAUUGUAUUGCACAUUUUUUGUUGGUACGAAAUCCUGCCAUUUUAACUUAACCGCCAAAAAGGAAUAGUCCACUUUCAGUUCAAUCACUGUGAUAUUGUUGGUUUUGGACUGGAUUAGUCACUUUGUUUUUUGUUUAAAGCAGAUGAUUUUUACCUGAUAUUUGUAUACACCACUAUUUGUUAGUAGGUAGUCUGAUAACUACAGCUUAACCUAACAGUGAUAACAUUGAAAUUUAACUCGUGAAAGUGAAAUUCUUUGGGGACAUUUUUUAGUUGAACUUUUCAAAAAUAUAUUGUCAGUUUUUGAAAAGUUUUUUUUAUGAAUUUGACAAGAAGAAAUCAAUUUUGCUUUCUUUCUUGUUAAUUCAUCUUGGGCUAAGCAAUAUAUCUGAGGAACAGCAUUGUAUUAUACUCUUACAACUUCAACUAUUUGUCUCAAUAAUACUAGUCAUUUUUGUGCCAGUCGCACAUCCGUCCAUUUUAUAACUUGACACUGUGUAUUAAUGUCUAAUGUAUUACAGUGAAUAUCGGAGCAUAGGGAAAUCUCACAGCGCUCCUGUGUGUUGUAGCAUUUGAGCAAACAUUUUAAAAUCGAAUACCCUUAAAUAAUAUUUAAAAGCAGGUUUAACAAAUUUCAUUCAAAUGACAAGAAAAUUUAUGAAAAAAAGUAAACCUCGGUCAAUGCCAUAUUUUAACUCAAGGACAUACAUCGAUUGUUAAGGGCAUUUCUCAUCUAGUUCACAGGGUGAUCCCAUGGUUCCUAGGGACGGGGUAAAUUGAUCUCACAAAGGUUAGCGAAAGACAUCUGGCAUGUGCUAUGACACUACUCAAAAUACGUCAUAAUUUUAUGUAGCAUAACUAUGUUGCAAAUUGAUAAUGUCACCACUUUUGACACACAUUUCGUGGGGCAUUGAUGAAGCGGUGAAAAGGUUUCGCAACUUAAAAUCACCUUGCGAUUUGUUAAUUUUUUUUAAAUAUGUGAGAAAGAUAAUCAAACUGGGCGAGCCUUGUGCUUGCCAGCCAAUCUUUCACACUUGGGGUGAGAUAUCUCUGUACACAGAACAGACCCAUGUAAUAUUGUAUUAAUCUCUGACAUAAUGUUGGAGAUACGUCCUUGGUUCUCCAAAUAAUCAAAAUGAUCCUAAGAUUUUUAUCUUCAUCAGAUGUCACCUUUUACUGGUUUUUAAGUUUUCUUUAUAUCUGCUUACGAUUGUUAAUCAAUUAUUUUUAUUUACUAAAAAUUUAAUCGAAGACAAUCUCCUUAAAUAAGAAAUUUUGUUUCUUCUAGAAAUUGUUUUGAAUCAUAUCCAGUGUAUCUGUAGACAAAAUGAAAAUGUGAAAGCAGUCUAUAGUGUUAAUUUUGUUCUGUAAUACUCAACCAAAUGAAAAGGUUGUUUUUUUUUGCGAUCAGAAAAAGGGUUGUAGUUUGUCACAUCAGAUCAGGGGUCGAUGUGGUCAGUCACAUUAGGUCAGAGGUAGGAUGUGGCUAUUUGCACCAUCAGUAAUUGGAUAUUUAUGACGUGAAAGGGUAUUUCAGAUAAAACUAGUAAUUUAAAUAGUCCCUGAGAAAUUUACUCAUCAAAGUUCAGAGAAUUUGUCUUCCACUAUAUGAUCCACCAAGACUUUUACAAGUCAUAAGUUUUAAUUUGAAAUGUUGCUGUAUCUACAUACUAUGUAAAUAAUGGCAGUGGUGGCCAGAAAUGACUUGGCUAGUUUAUCUGUUUCUCAAGAAAGACAUAAUUAUCUCAAUGAUUACAGAUAGAUCAUAGCAAUCAAAUGGUCUUGUACAAAAACUUAAAUGUUUUUAAGACAGUGCUUUAAUUAUUGUUCCUAUUCAAAGUAUUUAACACAAAAAUACACAUUUGUGUUGUACUUGUUAGAGUAACACUAUGUAAUACAAUGUUAUUCAAAAAAAGUAUCAAUUCUACAAUGUAUUGUGCAAUGUUGUUCAAACUUGGGCAUUGUCACAAAUAUAUAGUACUUUUCACAUUGUAUAUCUGUCACUCUCUGUUUUAUACACUGUUCAUUGUGAACUGUCAUUGUUGUACACUGUAUAUACAUUGUUAUGCACUAUGUACAAUGUUAUACAUUACAUACAAUGUUAUACACUGUACAUUGUAACAUACACUGUAUACAUUAUACACUGUAUACGGUAUACACACUGUAUAUUGGAUUAUUAUGUACAAUUUGAUGACAUUUUCUCACAAACCCUUUACCAUACUUUAAUCCUUCCUUCUGUACAGUAUUUAACAUAAUCAUUUGUACACAUGAACUAAGUCAGGUAGAUUGGUAGAAUGUGCAGUUCAGUUAUAUCUGUUGUUGAAUAUUUUCAAAUAAAUAUUUAUUAUAAUUACGACCAGUUUUGUAUCAGUCUUAGUACUAGAAUAAAGUUCAUUUCUAGCAAAAA